GGGGGCGCCGCCUGGUGGCCGAGGGUGACACUAGAGGUUGAUGGGAGGAUCCGUAUCCCGGCUGACCUACACCACCUCCACGAUAUUGUCCUCCUUCCUCGCCUCCUGCUCUGCUCUGCCCUCUACCCUCACGCUCAAGUAAACGUACAUUUCUACAAUGACGGACUCCAAGUACUUCACAACCACCAAGAAAGGUGAAAUCUUUGAACUGAAAUCAGAGUUGAAUAGUGACAAAAAGGAAAAAAAGAAAGAGGCUGUGAAAAAAGUCAUCGCGUCUAUGACUGUUGGGAAAGAUGUAUCGGCUCUGUUUCCUGACGUGGUCAAUUGCAUGCAGACAGAUAAUCUGGAACUAAAGAAGCUAGUUUACCUUUAUCUUAUGAACUACGCCAAGUCCCAGCCAGAUAUGGCCAUUAUGGCUGUAAACACAUUCGUUAAGGACUGUGAGGACCCUAAUCCUCUAAUUCGAGCUCUGGCUGUGCGCACAAUGGGAUGCAUACGAGUUGACAAGAUAACAGAAUACCUCUGUGAGCCAUUGCGAAAGUGCUUGAAGGAUGAAGACCCAUACGUACGGAAGACGGCAGCCAUCUGUGUUGCUAAGCUGCAUGAUAUUAAUGCCUCCAUGGUGGAAGACCAAGGCUUCCUUGAUCAGUUGAAGGAGCUUCUCUCUGAUUCUAAUCCAAUGGUUGUUGCAAAUGCUGUUGCAUCCCUUACUGAAAUCAAUGAAGCCAGCAGCUCGGGACAGCCAUUGAUGGAACUUAAUGCAGCAACGAUGAACAAACUUCUCACCGCCCUCAAUGAGUGUACUGAAUGGGGCCAGGUGUUUAUCCUUGAUGCACUCUCUCAGUAUAGCCCAAAGGAUGAGAGGGAGGCACAAAGUAUCUGUGAGCGCAUUACACCUCGUCUUGCACAUGCAAAUGCUGCUGUGGUCCUGUCUGCAGUGAAAUGCCUCAUGAAAUUCAUGGAGUUGAUGGUCAGUGACUCUGAAUUUGUUAAAAACCUGACCAAAAAACUGGCUCCACCAUUGGUAACUCUUCUGUCAUCUGAACCUGAAGUUCAGUAUGUUGCUCUUAGAAACAUCAACCUGAUUGUCCAGAAGCGUCCUGACUUGCUGAAACACGAGAUGAAAGUUUUCUUUGUCAAAUACAAUGAUCCUAUAUAUGUCAAGCUGGAGAAGCUGGAUAUCAUGAUUCGCCUGGCAUCUGAAGCCAACAUUGUUCAAGUUUUAUCUGAACUGAAGGAGUACGCCACAGAAGUUGAUGUUGACUUUGUGCGAAAGGCUGUUAGAGCUAUUGGGCGCUGUGCUAUCAAGGUUGAGACAUCUGCAGAGAGAUGCGUUUCUACACUUCUUGAUCUUAUUCAAACUAAGGUGAAUUAUGUGGUUCAGGAGGCCAUUGUGGUGAUCAAGGAUAUUUUCCGCAAAUAUCCCAACAAAUACGAAAGUAUCAUUUCUACCCUCUGUGAAAAUCUUGAUACCCUUGACGAACCUGAAGCCAGGGCAUCAAUGAUUUGGAUCAUUGGAGAAUAUGCUGAACGUAUUGACAAUGCAGACGAGCUUCUUGAGAGCUUUUUGGAAGGUUUCCAUGAUGAAAAUACACAGGUGCAGCUACAGCUUCUCACUGCAAUUGUGAAGCUCUUCCUCAAACGUCCCACCGACACACAGGAAUUAGUUCAGCAGGUGUUGAGUUUGGCAACACAGGACUCCGACAACCCUGAUCUGCGAGACCGAGGCUUCAUAUACUGGAGGCUACUAUCCACAGAUCCCGGCGCUGCUAAAGAAGUUGUCCUCGCAGAGAAGCCACUCAUUGCUGAAGAAACUGAUCUGAUUGAACCCACACUCUUAGAUGAGCUGAUCUGCCACAUUGCUUCUCUUGCAUCAGUCUAUCACAAACCUCCGUCUGCCUUUGUGGAAGGACGUACUGGUCUUCGUAGGGCACUUCCUAAGUCAUCUGGUGGAAGUGACAAUGACUCGGCUGGUGAUCAGCCGCAGCAGCAGCAACCACAGCAGACUGUUAUCCCGAACCAGGAUUCCCUUAUUCCAGACCUUCUCAAUAUGGACAUCAAUGCUCCCCCUGUUGUACCAGCAGUGCAGUCAGCUUUCUCUGGUGGUACCUUGGACCUCCUGGGCGGAGGUCUUGACUCCUUGUUGGGAGGAGCAGCAGCCGAGGUAGGAAGUGCUCCAGCCCCUCCAGUAGCUGCUACAUCAACUGCAGGUGACACAGGCCUUCUAGGGGACAUCUUUGGUAUUGCAUCCUCGUCUGCACCAGUUUACUCUGCGCCUAAGCAAAUAUGGCUGCCAGCAAAUCGUGGAAAAGGAAUGGAGAUUGCAGGCACAUUUUCCCGCAGAAAUGGCAUAAUUUCAAUGGAUUUGACUUUGCACAAUAAGGCUAUGCAACCCAUAACAGGAUUUGCCAUUCAGCUCAAUAAGAAUAGUUUUGGUAUUACACCAGCUGCACCACUCAAUGUUCCUGCUCCUCUAGCUCCUAAUCAGUCAAUAGAUGUGAGCCUUACUCUCAGUACUAGCGGUCCUGUCCAGCGCAUGGAUCCUCUCACAAAUUUGCAGGUAGCCAUAAAGAACAGUGUGGAUGUGUUCUACUUUGCAACAGUUAUGCCCAUGCAUGUAUUCUUCUGUGAAGAUGGGGCAAUGGACAAGCGUGUGUUCCUCUCCACGUGGAAAGACAUUCCAAGUCAAAAUGAAGUUCAGUUUAAUAUUGAAAACAUUAACAUGAAUGCUGAUGGCUUAUCAACUACGGAUGGAAUCUCUAACAAGCUGCAGAGUUCCAAUAUUUUCACAAUUGCAAAGCGCAAUGUGGAAGGUCAGGACAUGCUGUACCAAUCAAUCAAGCUGACCAAUGGAAUCUGGGUUCUUACAGAACUUAAAGUGCAGCCUGGCAACACUACUAUUGUGCACGACUCCGUCAACUUGACUGCCAGCUUCAAAUGUAAACAAAAAGCUAGUGCGUUUGAUGACUUAUCUCUGAAGUCGAGGGCGACAGAUGUAGCUCAAGGAAUCUUUGAAGCAUUUGAUGGCAUCCUUCAUUUCUAGUGUUAUGUAUUGUAUUCAUUAGGCCAUAAGCUUGUGUAUAAAAUAUAUAUACUGUACUUAUUUGAUGCAAACAUUGUAUAUGAAAUUGAUAAAGAAAAUUAUUUACUUUUCAUAAAGUACAGGCCUUAAUUGUUAUCUUGUCCUUUGCUGAUCAUUUAUAUAUAUAUAUAUAUAUAUAUAUAUAUAUAUAUAUAUAUAUAUAUAUAUAUAUAUAUAUAUAUAUAUAAUAUUAAUAUAAAAAUACUGAAAACUACACCCUCUCCACAAAAUCAACUACCAGGUACGCCAAGGUGCAUAGUGCUCCUGGCUCUCUGGGUUCAAAUCCUUCUGGGGUAUGAAGUUUUCAGUUGCAUAUUGGCUUGAGACCCAUUCAAGCUUGUUCACAUAUACAUAUAUCACUAAGAACUCUAUUUGACCUGGCCAGGAUUCAAACCCAUGCUGUCCCUUAAAUGUACACAGUACAUUUAAGGGACAGCAUAUAUAUAUAUAUAAGGGACAGGGAUAUAUAUAUAUAUAUAUAUAUAUAUAUAUAUAUAUAUAUAUAUAUAUAUAUAUAUAUAUAUAUAUAUAUAUAUAUAUAUAUAUAUAUAUAUAUAUAUAUAUGAUGUAUAUAUAUAUAUAAUUAUCCUUCUGGGGUAGAUAUACAAGGGCUGUAUGAAUGUGCAAGCCAUUAAUCACCAAGAACUCUCUUGACCAGACCAGGAUGGGCCCCCUCCCUCUGGUGUACAGGGUGUACAUCUCUGAGGGGAAUGGGGGUGAUCCUAGGCCAAAAAAAAGUUCUUAGUGAUAGAAUACACAUAUUAAACCACUGUGAAUGGAAAUAUUUUUCAUCUGAGCUUGAUUUUGGGAUUAUUCCCUUCAUUCAUGAGGAAAUAGAUUAAUCCUGGAAGCAUGUUCAGAUGAUGUACCAUUCUGUUCAUUGUGGUUUAAUUUGCAUUUUUGAAGAUCAGUGUUGUGAUGUCGCAGUAUGUACUGCCUACUUGUCAGUGAGUCAUUCCAUUUUAUCCUGAAAAUGAUGUAAUUCUAUAGUAUUAAUGUAAAAAUGUUAUGAUAGUAUCCUAUAAUAAAUAUUUAAGUCUUCAAAGAUUCCCUUACUCCAAA